GCGAGCGCUUGGUGAAUGGAGGCAGCCUCUUCCUGGUGGAUAAACAGUGACAGCUACAGGGCAGCCACCGAGACCCAGAAACCCAGGCUCCGGCGCUGCCCUGCCAUGCCAAACGACCCCAAAAUGGCUUCAGACACUCCGCACAUCGCGCAGUUGACUUCGGAACUGUACUUCCUAAUCGCCCGUUUUUUAGAAGCUGGACCGUGUCAAGAUUCGGCACAGAGCCUGAUCAGGGAGGUGGAGGAGAAGGAGCUGCUACCCAAAAGAGUGGAUUGGACAGGGCAAGAACACCCUGGGACAUACGAGAAUUUGGUGAAGCUUUACCGCCACAUCCGCUCGGACCACCUGCUGCAGAUCUGCACCAGAGUGUGUCCUCUUUUGGAGAAGGAGGUCCCGGCCAGCGUCCCAGGACUGUGCAGUCUGCUCGGGGCGGGACGACAGAACCUACUGCGAACAGACAAGAGUUGCAAACAUGUCGUGUGGAAAGGUUCAGCUCUGGCUGCGCUUCACUGCGGACGACCACCAGAGCCUCCCAUCAUCUUCGGGAGUCCUCCUAAUAUCGUGGAGACGAGCCACAGCCGGCGUCUGAACGGCUCGUACCGUCAGAGGCAGCUGGUGCCCACAGCGGUGUACCAGCACAUGAAGAUGCACAAGAGGAUUCUGGGACACCUGUCGUCGGUCUACUGUGUGACGUUUGACAGGACGGGGCGGCGCGUCUUCACGGGCUCAGACGACUGCUUGGUAAAGAUCUGGGCCACAGAUGAUGGGCGUCUCUUGGCAACGCUCCGGGGUCACGCGGCGGAGAUUUCGGACAUGGCCGUGAGUCACGAGAACACUAUGCUGGCCGCCGGAUCCUGCGACAAAACCAUCCGAGUGUGGUGUCUACAAACCUGCGCCCCUCUGGCUGUACUGGAGGGGCACGCCGCCUCCAUCACAUCACUACAGUUUUCUCCUCUCUGCAGCGGAUCAAAGCGCUUCCUCUCGUCCACCGGAGCAGACGGCACCAUCUGUUUUUGGCAGUGGGACUCUCGUUCGCUCAAGUUUGGUCAGAGGCCCAGUAAGUUCACGGAGCGCUCCAGACCCGGAGUCCAGAUGAUCUGCUCCUCCUUCAGCGCAGGUGGGAUGUUCCUGGCCACCGGCAGCACAGACCACAUCAUCAGAGUCUACUAUUUCGGCUCAGGACAACCCGAAAAAAUCUCUGAACUCGAAUCACACACAGACAAGGUCGACAGCAUCCAGUUCUCCCACUGCAGUGACAGGUUUGUCAGUGGAAGCAGAGACGGUACAGCUCGAAUCUGGCAACUGCAGCCUCAGGGCUGGAAGAGCAUCCUGCUGGACAUGCAGACAAAACUGCCCGGGAAAUACAACCCGCCUCCGCUCGAGGAUAAAGUUACCAAAUUAAAGGUUACCAUGGUAGCCUGGGAUCGUCAUGACAGCACCGUAAUCACCGCCGCCAAUAACCUGACGCUCAAAGUGUGGAACUCCACCAACGGAAACCUGGUGCACAUUCUCAUGGGUCACGAAGACGAGGUGUUUGUCCUUGAGCCACACCCGUUUGAUCCCAGAAUCCUUUUCUCCGCGGGACACGACGGGAACUGCAUCGUGUGGGACCUGGCCCGGGGAGUAAAGAUCCGCUCGUACUUCAACAUGAUUGAAGGACAGGGCCACGGAGCACUCUUCGACUGUAAGUGUAGUCCAGAUGGGCAGCACUUCGCCGCCACCGACUCACACGGACACCUGCUCAUGUUCGGCUUCGGCUCCAGCAGCAAAUACGACAAGAUCGCAGACCAGAUGUUCUUCCACACCGACUACCGGCCGCUGAUCCGAGACGCCAAUAACUACGUCCUGGAUGAGCAGACGCAGCAGGCCCCUCACCUCAUGCCCCCGCCCUUCCUCGUGGAUGUAGACGGGAACCCUCACCCGCCCCGUUACCAGAGGCUUGUCCCGGGACGAGAGGGAUGCAGAGAAGAGCAGCUCAUACCACAGAUGGGGGUCACGUCCUCAGGGUUGAACCAGGUGGUGAGUGAACAGGCUGUGGACGGGCCCAGUCCUCUAGAUACAAUGAUCCAGAGGCUGCAGCAGGAGCAGGACCAAAGACGAGGAACCAACGACUCUGUGAACUCUGCAGCUUCUACUUCUGCAAACACGACCCCCGCCGCCGCCGUCAGCACCAGGUCGAACAGAGGCUCCGUUGGUUCCCCCACAGAGGUACACUCCCCUCCAAACGUGGGUCUCCGUCGCAGCGGGCAGAUCGAGGGCGUGCGGCAGAUGCACAGUAACGCCCCCCGCAGCCAGAUGGCGACAGAAGGAGACCUGGUCGCCUGGAGUCGUAGAGUCCUGGUGCCCGAGCUCGAGCACGCCACUGUCAGGCGGCAGGUGAACUGGAGGGAGGCCAAAGGAGACGAGGAGAUCAAUAUCUAUCAGUCGGAACGAAGGAGACGAACUGUCCAUUCAGGCCCCAAAGAAAACAAAGUCCACGCUCCUCCUGAGUGCGUGCCCGACGAGGGGAGGCGGAGUCAGGGUAACCACGGAUACCAAACGCGCGCGGCGAUGGAGGAGACGAGUCGACAGAGCGCCAACGACGAUGAGGACAGCGCCUCAGAGGCUGAGGCUGACGUGCGUCAGGUGAACGGUCAGUCCUCAGACGACGAGAAGGAAGAAGAGACGAAGGAGGCGUGGCCUGAUGACCACAGCAGCUCCAGCGAAUGCUCCAGCGAUUACUCCGACUGGACGGCAGACGCGGGGAUCAACCUCGAACCUCCCAAAAAGAGCGUCAAAGUGAAGAAGAAGAACUCCGAGGAGGACCGGGAGAAGAAGAAAGAGGAGAGGAAGAAAGAGAAGAAGAAAGAGAAGGCAGACAAAGACGGCACUUUACCAAAGAAAAGCAAACCCCCCAAGGAGAAGACCAAGCAGAGGGCCCAGUUGCAGGAGCAGGGUCUGACUCUGGAGGAGUGGCUCCCCUCGGCCUGGAUCACAGACACCGUCCCGCGCAGGUGUCCCUACAUCCCCCAGAUGGGAGACGAGGUUUAUUACUUCAGACAGGGCCAUGAAGCUUAUGUGGAAAUGGCAAAACAAAAGAAGAUUUUCAGCAUAAAUCCUAAGAAGCAGCCGUGGCACAAGAUGGAGCUCAGGGAGCAGGAGCUGAUGAAGAUCGUCGGGCUGAAAUAUGAAGUCGGUUUACCCACGCUCUGCUGUCUCAAACUCGCCUUUUUAGACCCAGACACGGGCAAACUCACCGGAGGAUCCUUUUCUAUGAAAUACCACGACAUGCCGGACGUGAUCGACUUCCUCGUUUUGCGACAGCAGUUUGAAAACGCCAGACGGAGACAGUGGAGCAUAGGCGACAGAUUUCGCUCGGUGAUCGAUGACGCCUGGUGGUUUGGGACGAUCGAGAGUCAGGAGCCGUACCAGCCCCAGUAUCCGGACAGUCUGUUCCUCUGCUACAGCGUCUGCUGGGACAAUGGAGACACGGAGAGGAUGAGCCCCUGGGACAUGGAGCCUGUGCCUGACGACGCCUCUUUCCCGGACGAGCUGGGUCUGAGUGUCCCGCUGUCGGAGGAGGAGCACAGGGAGCUGCUGUACGUCCCGGUGGAGGGAGAGUGGGGCUGCAGACCUAGAGCUGAGGAGUGUGACCGAAUUAUUAAAGCCAUCGACCAGCUCUGCACUCUGGAUGUAGCCGCUCCGUUUGCCUUCCCCGUGGACCUCCAGGCGUACCCCACAUACUGCACAGUGGUCGCCUACGUCACGGACCUCAGCACCAUUCGCCAAAGGCUGGUCAACCGCUUCUACAGGCGGUUGUCAUCUCUGAUGUGGGAGGUGCGUUACAUCGAACACAACGCCCAAACCUUCAAUGAACCGGGGGCGUUUAUCGUCACCACUGCCAAGUUUGUGUCGGACCUCAUGCUUCAGUUUAUCAAAGACCAAAGUUUGACGGACCUCAUGCCUCUUUAUAAAACUAUGAAGAAGGCGACUUUCUCCGACUCUGAAGACUCUGACGAUGAAGAGGAAGAUGAAGACACUAAUGCUCCUGGAACAUCAACGAGAAACAAGGGUCGCCGGGCAACGCAGAGGCAGCUGCGUAACAGGAACCCGUCGUACGACCCUCACUCCUGGAAGAGCCGCUGUAAAGAGCUGCUGGACCUGAUUUUCCAGUGUGAAGACUCAGAGCCCUUCAGAGAACCUGUGGACCUGCAGGAGUACCCGGAUUAUCUGGAAAUCGUAGACUCACCUAUGGACUUUGGCACGGUCCUGAACACGCUGACGGAGGGGAAAUACCAGUCUCCCAUCGAACUGUGCAAAGAUGUCCGUCAAAUCUUCAGCAACUCUAAAGCCUACACUCCCAGCAAAAAGUCCAGGAUCUACAGCAUGAGUUUGCGGCUGUCAGCUCUGUUCGAGGAGCACAUCAGUCCCAUCCUGGCAGAUUAUAAAGCCAUCCACGGUUUGACAGACAGAUUAACGAGACAGGGCUCCGACCGCCAAACCAGACACACCUCAGACCGCCAAACACGCCACGCCAUGAAGAGGAGACGGAGGAGGAGCGACUCGGCCAGCAGCACGGCCUCCAGUCCGGAGAGGAAGAGACGCGUAUCCACCAGAGUCAUCGCCAAACGAGAGCCAUCGCCCCCUCACACCAGACCCCCAUUCUUGAGACAGAACAUCCCGUCGAAACAGCCCCCUCCGCUGGUGAACGGGAAAACGGAGACGGUAACUCCAGGACGAACUCGCAGCUCGGCACGGCACCCCGCUCACUCCCCGCCACCCUCCACGAAUAUCACCAACAACUCACAGAGCACUCCAGAGUCCACCAGAUCUACUCGCGCUCACAACUCCUUGUCAUCAUCAACGCCGCCAGUGAAUGAGAGAGUUACACCGUCUCCUGCGGCUGAGAACAGUGGAGGAAGCACCCGCCGGAAACUCAGGACGCCCAUACGACACACCCCUGAAACUCCUGGCGGCGCGUCGACUCCCAGCACAGCUCACCUGAACGGACACAACAGUCAUGUGACCCUAGGUGUGGGGAGGCGGAGUCGCAGGACGGGGGCGGAGCCUCCGUUGACUCCACCCGAAGACACGCCCACCAGCCCAGAGAGCCCAUCGAGAACCCGCGGAAGACCCCCCGCCUCAUCCAAAAAGAAAGGCAAAACCAAGCAGGAGAUGGACGAAGAGCUCAACCAAUCCACCGGCGACGAGGGCGGGGCUUCCUCCGCUCUGUCCGACGCCGCUGUGUCAUCACCGCGGCGACGAGGACGACCAAAAUCGACAUUCAAAGAGGACACGCCCCCUCCGAAAGACUCCCAAACGGAGCCUUUAAGGAGAAGCAGCAGACACACGGCGGAGGAGGUCACGCCCCCUUCUCAAACGACAUCGCAGCGGACCAAUCGGAAAGAGCCUCCCGCGGAGAGCCCGGACGAUGGGGCGGGGACGAUGCGUACGCGUAACCAAGGGCGACGGUCCGCCUGGUACAUGGAAGAGGACUCGGAGGAGGAGCAGAGACAGCUACUUUUCGAAGACUCCUCCAUCACUUUCGGCACGUCGUCGAAGGGACGAGUGAGGAAGCUGACGGAGAAGGCCAAAGCCAAUCUGAUCGGCUGGUAGACUUUUUUUUCUUUUAAAUCAGCGAACCAAUAAAAAGGUUCAGAGGCAAUAUGUGUGAAGUGUGUGAGUCCUCAUUUAUUAUUGGUCCAUGUUGGAUCUUCCCAGAAUGGAGUUUAUGUCCAAAACCCAUCACUUUAUAUGACUUUAAACAUCUGAGCGAAACAGCGAGGGAGAAGCACGGAGGACGUCCCGUUGAAGAACCGCGAGAUACGUCAAAAGCUGGCUGCAAACGACGCAAUUUUUCAGAUGUUCCCUGCAGAGCUCAUGUUUAGUCUUUGAUGGACUACAGACCACUGGCCUGGAAACGUGUUUUUUUACCCCUCUCUCUGCUUUUUGUAAGGUUUGUACAUGUGACUGGCCGUCUCACUAAAACCUAAAUGUGUCCGUGUGCUACAAAACCAAAUGGUGUACCUCCGCGGGUACUGUAGAUACCAGUUCUGUUUACUAUGGAAGUGAAUGGGUGAGGUUUACUGCAUGUUGAAUAGAAAGUUAUUUAGUUUUGAACACCUUUUACUUUGAGCGAGCGAGCGAGAGGUGAGGCGUGAGUGGAACAACACAUACAGUAGUAGUUAUUAUAAAUCCAAACACACUGACACUGCGAUGGGUCGAAACAAACGCACUCAUUUGCAAAAUCUGUUCGUUUUCGUGGGUAAACUGUCUCACCGUUGAGCGAAACCAAACUUUAACCCUAUCGCGCUGGAUGCUACACUCGCGGUUGUGGACUUUCCGUUAUCGUAUCUCCGCAACCAAAGAAAAAAUACAGAUGGACGUGUAAAAUAAAGGUUCCUUUAACGCGUUUUUUAUGGCUAAAAAUAAUAAUAAAAGUCUAGGCGAGAUAUACCGGUCUAUAGUGUGCUCAGUCCUUAAAGGGUUAAGAUUAACAACGGUCUAACCUCAAGGGCAAGACCAGAUUUGGCUCAGAAUUUAAUCAAAUAAACGACUUAAAUUGCUGUAAACUUCGUAGCAUGAGAAGACAAUAAGCGUUUUAAAAGUACCAGUACUACAUAUUUAGAAGCACAGCAAUGGAACAUAAACAAGUGACCACGUUUACUUACACCCGAGCGCCGUUUCGAGUGAAAAGUUUAGAUUUUGCAGAUCAGUGCUGAUUUAUCACAGUGUCAUAAUUGAUUUUUGAUGACAACAAACUCUAAACUAUAUUUCAGUUUGUCAUUAGCAACACCUUGUGCCUUUUGUGUGUGUGUUCUGCAAAGUACAUGUGCCUGUCUGGGUGUGUGUGUUUUUACAACUGUGUAUGAGUGAGGUUUAAAGCUGCACUGUGUAACUUUACACUUUGAUGGAGGGGGGUUUAUUACCUGCUGCCUGGAAUGUUCCGCGCUAUGGCUUUAAUCUAUUUGCUGCCAGAACCUCCUCAGAACUGACAAAUGACGCGUAACUUGUUUUGUUUUUUCUGGCACCAACUGCUUGUCUCAAAGGAAAGUAGUUUAAUGCCAUAACGUGGAACAUUCAAGGCAAAGCGGUAACAUCUCCACGGAGUAAAGUAAAAGUUACACGGCGCGUCUUUUCACUUUCAGCGUAUCGACAGUGGCAUAGACUUGAUCAUUGUGAAAUCUCUGGAAGAAAUGGUUUCAAAAAAAAAGAUUUAGUUUGUCGUUCUACCAUAACAUUACUACAAUCGUCAGAAAUAUCGUCAUAAAUAUCGUCUAAAUACGCAGUUCAUAUAUCUUUAGGUACAGGUUUGGAGCUUUUGGGUGACUAGCUUUCAAAUGCACUUACCACAGACAUGCUAUCAAUGCAGUGAAAUCUUGAAAUAUAUCGUUCUAUACAGUCGUGUGUCGCAUGUUUAGCACUUUCUCAACCCGGAUUUUACGUCAUAAUCGAAUCGUCUUUCCGAUCGCGUGCCUUGGCUGCUUUGGCAUUUUUAGCCCUCAUUUUUCCCAUUCGGGGCCUUUGAAAUAGAACAAACUUUUCCGGCUUGUGUUGCCAGUUCUAAAGAAAAAGCUGGAGAGUUGAAAAUACAAGGCGUUUGUUGAAGGUAAUUGGAUGAACGAUACAGGUCACAGUUCACAAAGUUGGGUUCUGCUACACGUAACUUUAAAAAGCCGGUAUUACGCUGUUUUCUGAGCUGUGUUAUGGCGUUUUCUCAUCACAAACAGACCUGGAGUUGCAUUUUGUUUCAUCCGCACAUGUUUAAACCCGUAAAUCCUGCGUAUUUAGGCUGAAAACGCUCUGUUCCACCUUGUGAUCAUGUCGUCAGGUGGUAAUACAGGAAGUGCUCUCCUGUUUUUAACCGUUUUUGUCUUUAUGAAAAAUGCGUUAAAUUACUGCUAUAAGUUCACUGAAAUGUCCACUUUUUCAGUUUUAAGGGACAAAUUUGACCCAUUGGGCUUUAGGCGUAUCAUUUCAAAGAGUCAGAAUAGCGAACGCCGUCAAUGCAAACUAUUUUAAAUUAAGGAAAAUAAUCAGUCAACCACAGACAUGAGACUAUAUUCUUUUUUGCUUUAUUUGUUGCACGUUAGAACUUGAUUUCAACACACUUUGGCCAAUGGAAACAUAAGGCCAAAAUCUUGACUGAAAUUGAUUCUUAUUUGCAUUUCAGGUGCCCAAACUUUUUUUUAUUGAGGGUCACGUCUCAAAACAUAUUUGAAGUGGAGGGUAACAGACCGGUGAUCAGUCCAGUGCGGUGCUUUAUACGGAGCUUUGACAGAGCCGCUGUGGAUUAAUAAGACUUGAAACACAUUAACUUUAGGUCUGUAUCAAACUGCAAUGGGAUGUUUGAGGUUAUAGUCGUAGAAAUAGUUUAAUUUGCUGUUAAAAGUGCUGCUUAUGAUCAGUUGGGCCGGUUCAGCAGGAGGCCCGAGGACCAAUAAAAACUGGUCUGAGGGACGCAUUUUGUUAGAUUUUUCAUAGUUUGGACACCCCUGGUCUAAUGCUGCCAUCUGCUGGACGCUGUAAUAUGAAGUCUUGCAAUAAACUAAACUAAAACAAAAACUAAAUGAUGCAACUAAUUAGAAUAAUGGACUUCAAAUGUGCCCCAUUGAGAAACAGAAAUGAGCCCCAACACUAGGUAGGCUUUUGAAGUUAAAUUUGACUUUUUUAUUUUAUUUUUAGUUUUAUUUUGGGUAGUAGCAGUUAACGUGAGGCCAGCUGUUAACUUGAAAACUACCACUUUAUGACAUCACAAGGUGCAACGGAGCAUUUUGAGCUUCGGAGAUGUAGACAGAACAAUAAUAAAGUGUUACGCAAACGUGUGAAUGAAACAAAACACAACUCCACGUCUGUUUUUGAUGAGAUUACAACAUUAUAACACGGUUUACAGUUCACAACAGUCCAUUUCGCGUAAUAUCGGACCUUUGACAAGCGUUAAAAAAAAGCCUCUAACUUCACAUACGAUCAUGAAUUCCCGGAUGUCCGUUUAAUCUCGAUGUCUUGUAACGCGUUGUCGUCAAUGCCAAAUCCUGUCCCGAGGCACUGAAGUUUGGGUAAAUCGAUUUUGAAUGUUUUUAUUUUUCAUGUUCAAGAUUUUUGUCUGUGAAAAAUACAUAUACCUGUUUUUGUGAAUUCGCCAUAAAGGACAAUUUAUACGUGGGGUUAGCAUUUCUGUUUAGUUUUUAAUGUUUUUAAUGUUUCAUAUAGUCCUCAAUGGCAACGGAAGGAAUGUUUUGUCUUUACUUAAUAAUUGAAAACAAAUUAUAUAACAUUUUAACACUAUUAGAGUAUAGGCAAAUCUAGGCAAUAUCUGAGCUUCGAGAAACUAGGAACUAAAGCAUAAGAAGUAUACAUAUUAUUAAUAUAUGAACCGAUAUAAAACUAUAUACACCAAAACUACCUUUGGCAAAAAUAGUCAAACAUAUACAGAGAUCAAAUUUAUUUAUGAUUUUCUUUUAAAUAUUACGUUCAAUUUUAAGUUGGUUCCAGCGUUUCAAAAGUCGAAAAAGAGGUUUCAAACAUCGGUCCAUUUCGAUCUUGUGUUGUGUUUACGUGAUUGAAAAAAAAAUUCUCCGAGCUGUGCCAAAGUGUGGUAGAGUUUUGAGUGUGGGUCUGUCGGGUGAACAGUUUGGGUUUGAAUUGGGGGAAGGGGAAAUGGAAAAACUGCACGAUCUGAUUGAGGAGCUGUACUCGUUCGUUUGGAUACUUUUAUAUAAUGUACAAAGGAAGUAAAUGCAAAAAGAAGCUUCAUGCUAGAAUGUGUAGGGGUGUACUGCUGUCCUGUUAGUUCAUACCAAUAUUUUAAAUAAAAUGUUGUGUUUUCA